AAAAUAGAAAAAUUAGAGUUUCGCGCCAAUCUUGGUCUGGCUUCCAAAAGGCGCGAGUGAGCUCGGUGGGGUUUACUGGUGCCGUCAUGGUUCGUACGCUAAACUGCAUCGUCGCUGUGUCCCAGAACAUGGGCAUUGGCAAGAACGGGGACCUGCCCUGGCCCCCACUCAGGAAUGAAUUCAAGUAUUUCCAAAAAAUGACCACAACCUCUUCAGUUGAAGGUAAACAGAAUCUGGUGAUUAUGGGUAGGAAAACCUGGUUCUCCAUUCCUGAGAAGAAUCGACCUUUAAAGGACAGAAUUAAUGUAGUUCUUAGUAGAGAACUCAAGGAACCUCCACAAGGAGCUCAUUUUGUUGCUAAAAGUCUGGAUGAUGCCUUAAAACUUACUGAGCAACCACAGUUAGCAAAUAAAGUAGACAUGGUUUGGAUAGUGGGAGGCAGUUCUGUUUAUAAGGAAGCCAUGAAUCAACCAGGCCAUCUUAAACUGUUUGUGACAAGAAUCAUGCAGGACUUUGAAAGCGACACAUUUUUUCCAGAAAUUGAUUUGAAGAAAUAUAAACUUCUCUCAGAAUACCCAGGUGUUCUUUCUGAUGUCCAGGAAGAGAAAGGCAUUAAGUACAAAUUUGAAGUAUAUGAAAAGAAUGAUUAAUAAAAAAAAAAAAGAAAGAAAAAUUAGCUGAGC